AUACACUUUACUACUAAGUUCUAAUUGGAUUGCAUCUUCAACAACUUCAAUUCUUAAAACCCUUUCUUGAUUGAAUGAACCAUGCAUUACUGGGUUCGAGCCACCUCUUCUGAUUUCGCUGGAACUCCUCCCCAACCUCGCAGUGGACACUCUGCUGUUAACAUCGGCAAAUCCAAGGUUGUAGUCUUCGGUGGUCUUGUCGAUAAGAAGUUCCUCUCCGACAUUGCUGUCUAUGACACUGAGGCCAAGCUAUGGUUUACGCCAGAGUGCACAGGAAGUGGGUCAGAUGAUGGGCUUGUGGGUCCAAGCCCGCGGGCUUUCCAUGUUGCUGUUGCCAUUGAUUGUCACAUGUUCAUCUUUGGUGGCCGUUCUGGGGGUAGAAGGUUAGGGGACUUUUGGGUAUUGGAUACUGAUAUAUGGCAAUGGUCUGAACUAACCAGUUUUGGUGACUUGCCUUCACCGCGAGAUUUUGCUGCAGCUGCUGCUGUUGGAAACCGGAAAAUUGUUAUGUUUGGUGGAUGGGAUGGAAAAAAGUGGUUGUCUGAUGUUUAUGUCUUGGAUACAAUAUCGCUUGAGUGGAUGGAGCUCUCAGUUUCUGGAACAUUGCCACACCCUAGAUGUGGCCACAGUGCUACCAUGGUUGAAAAAAGGCUGCUUGUUUAUGGUGGCAGAGGAGGAGGUGGACCGAUCAUGGGUGAUUUAUGGGCCUUAAAGGGCCUUAUUGAAGAAGAAAAUGAAGCUCCUGGGUGGACUCAAUUAAAGCUUCCGGGUCAAGCUCCUUCUCCUCGUUGUGGCCAUACUGUUGUCUCUGGAGGACACUAUUUAUUGAUGUUUGGAGGGCAUGGGACUGGUGGAUGGUUGAGUCGCUACGACAUCUAUUAUAAUGAUUGCAUUAUUUUAGACAGAGUUUCGGCACAAUGGAAGCGGCUACCCAUUGGCAAUGAACCCCCUCCUGCACGAGCAUACCACUCUAUGACAGUAAUUGGUUCGCGGUAUCUUCUAAUAGGUGGCUUUGAUGGAAAAUCAACAUAUGGUGAUCCAUGGUGGUUGGUCCCUCAAGAUGACCCAAUUGCGAAGAGAUUAACUGCAUCUCCACCUAGAAAUAUUCCUGAAAGUAGGGAUGCUGCAUCACUGAAUGAUGAUUUUCAAAAUCAGUUCAAGGAAAGCCAGGUGGAGAAAUUUCCUUUCGCAGAAUUGCAAAGAAGAUUGCAAAUAUCAGUUCCAGUGUCCAAUUCUAGGCUUCCAAUUGUAAGUGAAUUGGAAGAUAAAGAGCUUCUUGAAGUAGCAUCAAGAUUUAUUGGAGGAAGAAUUUCUACAAGUGACAAGGCAAUCGAAGCACUUCGUGAGCACUGGAAGAAGUCUGAUCCGAAUUUAGUUAAACUCAAGGAGCUUGGACCACUUCUUCGCGAUUACCAACGUCUAAUUUACCGGCACUAUCUAGAAAGAAGUGCAUCUGAUGCAGAUCCGGAAAUUGGUGAAAAAGUGAUGCAUCAAUUUUACCAUGUCAAAAAUGUUUCUCAGUUGCACAUGGAUGAUGUUCCAAAACUAUUGGCAGAGUACAAACUGCUACCUGUGAUGAGCAUUGACAAAUAGAUAGUCCCACUGAAUUAAUGGUAUCUCAUUAUGUAUAUCAACAUAUGCUUGAUGAUUUUGUAACUGUCUCCUUGAAAACAAGGAUCAACAGAGCACUGUUAUGAAUAUGUUCUAAUUUAUAAGAAAUGCAGAACUCUGUUCCCAGAUC